AUGUCAGGAAGAGGUGGUGGAGGUGGUGCUCGAGGAGGAGGUCGCGGAGGCCGGGGCGGAGGCAGAGGAGGACGGCCAGCGCUGCCCUGGGACGACACAGACGAGCCCGAUGCCCGGCCCUCUGAGCUGUUCCCCCCUCGAGUGGUUCCCACGCCUCGCGACCUCACCGCGACCGAAUACAACGGCGUCCAAUGCUUCCUCCUCCUGCGGCACCAAAUCCACUCGUCGCCCCUCUACACCUCCAAGCGCACCUCCCUCAUCGACCCCACGGCGCCGCGCAAGAUCUACGGCCGCGAGCAGAUGAACGCCCUGUACGACGUCCGCAGCAAGGCCUCGAUCGACCCCUUCGUCGCCAUGCCCACCUACUCCCAGCGCUUCGCCCGCCCGGAGCGCGCCCUGCCCGAGUGGUCCGCCCGCCCCGUCUGCCGCGAGAUGUUCCCCGCGGAGCUGCUCGACACCAUCGACGCCGCGGACGCGAGCGGCGCGCGCAAGAGGCGCCGCCUCGAGCUCAGCAGGGUCAGCGCGCUGCCCAACGCCGAGGAGGCCUUUGGCAUGCCCGCCAUCGAGGGCGAGCUGCUGACCUACGACGACGAGGGCGCCGGCGUGCCGGUGGACGGGAAGAAUAUCCUGGAGAGGCUGGAUGCGCUGCGGGACGACGAGGGGGAUGACGCGGCGGCGGAUCUGGACGACGAUGAAGGGCUGGAGGAGGAGGAGGAGGAUGAGGUGUAUGACGAUGAGGAUGCGGGCGACUACGAUGCCGAGACGUACUUUGACAAUGGCGAUGAGGGCGGCGAUGACUAUGGGGAUGGAGACGAUGGUGAAGGGACAUAUUGA